UCGUACGCUUUAUUCAAACAUGGAUAUAAACUCUUGUUAUACCUAUCUUCAAGGAAAAGGGAUGAAUGGAUCAGAUUCCGCUUUAACCAAUAACAACAACAACAACCUCAGUCCUGCACUCCGUGAGCAACAAAUAAAGUUUCAGCAACAAUUGUUACAUUUAAAACAACAACAGCAACUACAGCAGAGCCUCUUGAUCCAACACUUUCAGCAGCAACAACAACAACUCGUCCAGCAUCAUGAGAAACAACUAGAGGAAAGUUUUAAGGAAUAUUUACAUCGUCAAAAGUUGGAACAACAACAAAAAAUUGAACAAGAAAGAAAGGAAAAGGAAAGGCUUGAUGGAAUAAGGAAAAGGGAAAAACGUGAACAAAGUGCUGUUGCCUCUAACGAGGUCAAGCAGCGGCUUUUGGAGUUUGUCCUAAGCAAAAAGCAACGUGAAGCUGUAAUUAAUAGCGUCAGUAACUCUCCUACCGGGAGUAAUAAAUG